AUGUCCGGCAAGCUGGCCAUCGGCAGUGACAUUGGACAGGCCCGAAGGGCGGUGGAGCAGCUGCGGAUGGAGGCGGGCAUCGACCGUGUGCAGGUGUCCAAGGCAGCCACGGACCUGCUGCAGUUCUGCACAGAGCAGGCCAAGAGUGAUCCCUUCCUUGUGGGCAUCCCGGCUGCCACCAACCCCUUCAAGGAGAAGAAGCCCUGUGCCAUCCUGUGA